AAUGAACGCGAUAAGAGAAAGAGAUAAAAUCCAGGUAUUAGAAUUUCACAGGUUAAGAAGGCGAAAGAUUAUCAACGAAUACCUCUGGGCUGAGCAAAGUGAUUUUCAAACAUUCCUUGACAGAUGUCGAAGCGAAUGUCUGGCUCCACACGUUCAGCUUGACGAUGGGGACACUGAACUUCAUACUGAUUCUUGUUGCAAUCAGCUUCGUUCCUUUGGAUGCGUUUGAUCUUUUCAAGAAAGAUCAUCUGAUACCCUCCGAUGGAUUCCAUGAUAUGCUGGGUCUGGUUCCAUUCUGGCUAUCAGAAGGUUUCCCGGACCAAGGCCUGAAGCGUACUUUAGGAACCAAAAGAGACAAUCUUCCAACCUCAUGGCAAACACUGACAUCGCAACCAAGUGGAAGUACAACCUACACAAUAGAAGGCAGAUGCAGUCUGGAAGGACACUUUAAGACUGACAAGAUUGUCCUUGAGACGAAACAGUCUGAAAGUUGCGAGAAACCCUCUAUGAAAAUGGUGUUUGACAAGAUAUUCCCAAGCAUUAAUACUUUGCAGGCUACUCAGGAGCUGAUAAACCCAGAUUCAUUCUUUGUUGAUAAGAUAGAAAUCGAUAGAGGAAGCAAAGAGGUCACAUUAGAGGCCAAGGGAAAAGAUUCAUGGCGAAUUCUGAAUGGUGAAAACUUUGUUCUUGGUGAUCCCUCUCUUACACUUGGCUUUAAGGCUGGUGAACCCCUCGACGGCCUUAAGAACUGGAAAAUUAAGGCUGCAGGAGAGGUUGGUGACUCCUCGCGUAGUUUGAAAAUGGUUAUCGACAAGCAGAAAGACGAAACAUCAUUGCCUUUCAAAUGGGAGAUAGAGAACCUGCCUAUGGUUCAAAUAAUGGGUAUGUUUGCAACAUCUAUGGCACAGCUUAAUUUUGAGAUCGAUGGCUUUGACACAAGUAAACUGGCAGGUUUGAAGUUUGAAAAACCGGAAUGUGCAGGAAAAAUUGAAUUGGUCAAGGAUACAAACCAGAGAACGACAGAAUCAUUUCAGAUCGCUUGCAAAGCCACCAUUUCGAAUUCUCCUGCUUUCAAGAAAGGCGAUGUCUACUUAAUUAUUGCCAGAGAAGUUGGGAAAUCUGCAAAACCAGCCAUUUUGAUUGAUCUUGAUGACACUACCAAUGUUCAACAAGCUUUGAAAAACUUCAUGGCAAAGGCGGCGAUGAUGAACAAUUUUGCAAUGCUAGGCAGAACAAAUCGCAACCUUAUAAUCAUGAUAGCAGAGGAUGAUAUCGUCCGUGUGGAAAGCAAGCAACUCAUGGAACUGUUGAAGCCAUUUUUGUCUGAUUAUGAAGCUAACGAAAUCCCUAAAGGUGUUAACAUCAGAAUCAUGAUACCUCUGAAAGAGAACAUGCAGAAAGAUUGCAGUGAAGAUGUGUCUGCAGAUGUGCCUGAGCAGCUACCAAUGACUGUUAGAAUAAAAACUGGCCGAUUGAGUUUUUCGUUUCCAGAUCAGUUUAAGAGUGAUAUGCAGAAAUUCCUCAACUGUUUCAAUCCCAGUAUGAAAGCUACGCUGCCAGCACAGUUGUUUCCAAAGAAAGUUGGACCAGUUGAGAUCAAAGAAUUGACAGUUGAAUCAGCAAAAUCAUUCACUGUUACUGUUAAUUUGAAGGGACCAUUUGUUUUUAUGGGUGGAAAGAUCAAAGUAAGUGAUCUUGAACUCACAAUUAAGAAAGAAGAAGGUGAAGAUCUACAGUUUACUGGCCUAACAACAAUAGCAGUUGGUGCUUUAGCUGUUGGUUUAACAUUGGAGAAGCAAGGUGACAGCUACUCGCUAACAGCAACUGUUGAUAGCUUCAGGUUAUCUCAACUAAAGGAUGUAAUUGGAAAAAACUCGCUAACAGAUUUCAUUGGUUUAUUAGGCAGUAUGUCGAAUUUUGGGGUAAAGGACUUCAAGCUUACCAAAGAUUUUGGAGCAGGAAAUGAAAACAAAUUAUUAAGAGUCUCGGGAAAACCAAUUCUUUGGGGCUGGGAGAACUGCUACAUUGAGGGUCUUAUUUGGAAACCAAAGGAGGGCACCGACCAACCUCCAAAAGCCGUUGCUGUUGGAGUUGUCCUUGAAAAAGUGCGCCUUGACUUAGUUAUGGAACGAAUUUUUGGUAGGAAAUUGUUUUCGACAGCAUGGUUUUCUGAAAUGACUGCAGUUAUAAUAGUAUCAAAUGCAAACGUAGAAGUGGAGUCAUCUUCAGAGGAGGAAACAAAUAAUGUUGGUGAUGCUGAAAAAUCAGAACCCAAGGCAGAAUCUAAGAAACGAAGUGAUGCGCUAAAGCUGGCCCAUGCCAACCAAAAUACAAGUGAACAUGAGCUGUUGAUGAAGAGAAGGAGAAGAAACCACAGACCGCAUUUGCGUAAUAGUAGAAAGAAACUAUCAAAAAGAAAAGGAGCAAACAUCAAGCGAGACAUGAAUAGAACAGUUGGUGUUAAAAAAGUAGAUCAUAAUCGAGCUGGAGUGAAAAAUCCACAGCCUGAGGUGAGAGUUGGUGAAAAGAGAACAGAGAUUGAAGAGAAGGAAGAAGAAGGAGAAGAAGAAGGAGAAGAAGAAGGAGAAGGAGAAGGAGAAGAAGAAGGAGAAGAAGAAGAGGAGGAAGAUGUGAUUAAAUUUUCAAUUCCAAACCUCAGUUCAAGAGACAUUGAAAAAGGGUUGACAUUUGUGGGAAUUUUCAAAAUUCCAGAAGAAAACGGGUGCAAAGGAGACGCAUUGUGUCUUUGGCUUGCUGAAAAGGUCGGAAAAGAUGCGACAAUCGAAAUUUCUGGAGCGAUUUCAAGAUCAGGCUUCAAGUUUAGUGCUAUGUUUACAGGAACGAUUGCACUCAAUGCUGAUGGUUCACUUGCUUUGGAGUCGAUCAAACUUGAGUUGGAGCUGAGUGGAAGGGAGUCCACUGUUAGACUAGAAUGCACUUUAAGUUGGAAAAUACCUGCAAAUCUUGGAUCUGGCACAGUUAAAUUCGUAGGAGCUAUUGAGGUGAGCCUUACUGGAAAACUUAGCUUGCAAUUCGCCAUGGUUGGUACCUGGUUGAAUCCAUUUAAAUUCAAAUACCUUGCCCUCUCUAAUUUGAAUCUUGCCAUUGGAAUAUCGGUUGGAGCUGGAGGAGCUCUCCCAACAUUUGAAUUUGGAGGAACUGUGUGGAUUGGUGAAAUAGAAGCAAAAGGUGAAAAUGAGCAUGCAAUUAAGGUUUCCAUAUACUUUGGAGUGGAUUUCAAUCAACCGGACGACAAUUACAUAUACGGAUCCAUUAACAAAUUCACAUUGAAACAGAUUUAUGAAGCGUUCAAGCUUGGUUCACCUAAUGUUCCUAAGCUUGUAGCAGAAAGUGGAUUUCCAGAAGGGUUAACGGUUUCAUACAGCAUGAACGGAAAAACAAUUGAGGCACUAAAUAUGGAGAUACCCCAGGGCGUAUACUUUAAGGGAACAAUCAAUAUUCUUGGCCUAUCAGUAGCUGCAGAAAUUAUCAUAAACCCGCCAGAGGAACUUCUAGUAGAUGUUGCUCUCUCUCCCAUUAAUUGGGCGGGAGGACUUAUCGCGCUGCGAAGGAGUGAGAGGGAUAGGAAGAACGGACCCAAAGCGCUCAUCCAUAUGACACCCGACUCAGUUACAGUGCAAAUCGAAGGAUACGUGUCCUUGCUUGGCAUGUCCAGAUAUGUGUAUAUCAAUGUGACAGAUACUUACUUCAAAUUCAAAUUAGAAUCUGAUUUGUGGGGAAUGAUCCGGGCAAAGCUGCAUGUGGAAGCAGCUUAUGGAGCGAUCGAUGCACUUGAAUUUUCGUUUAGAGCAAGCGUGUCAAUCGAUUUCCACAUACGGCAGAUUGCUGAUGCAGCCAUUGGCUAUCUUAACAAAGCUAAGGAAAUUGCAAGAAAAAAAUUGGAAGAGGCUCAAAAGAGAGUUGCCGUGGCUGGACAGAGAGUUGUAAAUGCUGAAAGAAAAAUGGAUGGAUGGAAAAGAUCUAUUAACAAUUAUCAGAGCAGACUAAGAAGAAGGGCUGCAGAAAUUGAAAAAGCAAAGAAGAAGUUGCAAUAUAGUUGCAAGAAACGAUGUGGAACAGUCUGCAUACCAUUCCUUGACUGGAAGCCGCGAUGCUUCAAAAUCUGGUGGUGGUGGGUUGGCUGCCCAUUUUGGAACAAAUGCAGGUGGAGGGCUCCAAACGUUAUUUGCAUUGCUGGUUGUGAAAUAAAAAAGUUGGGUAAAAAGUUUGUUGCCUGGGCCGAACAGACUGGUAUUAAGAUAAUGAUUGGUUUUGCAGAAAUUGGAAAGGGUCUCAUAAACGUAGGAAAAGGCUUUGUCUCUAUGGCUAAAAAAUUGGUUUACUUUGCAAAUACAGUCCUUAAGUUUGUAAAAGGUGCUGUAAAAGUGGGAUUAGAAAUUUCAAAACGAUUCUUGGACUGGGCGGGAGAUAACUUAUUCAAAGUGGACUUGUUAGAAUUGAGAGGCAAGUUAACAAGGAAUUUCAAUGCUUGUGUUGGUAUCACAUGCAAAUUUGUAAUCCUUGGUUUGAGGGCAGAUUAUACUGGAGACAUAUGCAUCAAUCUUAAGUUCUGGGAUCUUCUGGCAGUUAAUACAGUAGAAACAAAGUAUAAAGGAACCAAGAAAAUGUUAGAUGAAGUUCCAAAGGUUGACGGAAUAAUUAGGGAAUUUGAUAAGGACAGGAGCAAUCUUGACAAGAAAGAAGGAGACAUUCAGAAAGAUGUGGCAAAAGAGACAAGGAAUCGCCGAAAGAGGGACUAUGUCCCUACUGCCGAGGAAAUGUAUUACAGACGACUUGCAGAGGAGCCCUUGCCAGUAGUUGUGACCCGAAGUACAUCCACAGUGAACGCCUUUAAGAAUGGCGCACCUUGGGUUUUGGUUCAAGAUUUUGACAAUAGGAACUUUGAUCACACACCUUAUGUGGACUCAAACAUUCCUGCCGAGAAAAGAACCCUAGACGAAGAUUGGCACAAACACCACACUAAACCAUGUGUGGUGAUCAGCAAAGUGAUUGACAAGUACAGCAUGAUUGCCGAUGGACUAAGAUCACUGCAUGAUUCGAUGGUCAAUGUUCGUGAGGGUUACCAAACAACGAAGAGGACUAUGCAACAGGGUGUCGAUGGCCUUGGAUAUGAGAUCAGGUCCACGGAAAUGAAACAUAACAUGACACACGAAGAACGAGGGGAUCUCUACCAUUGGUAUGACAAAGCCAAAGAUGGCAUGGAGAAAUGGAAUUCGAAGGCAAGAAACCUUUUAACAGACGAGCACAACCUCAUGAUGCCAAGAUUUAGAAGUCAAAUUGAGCACAUAUUGAAGAAGGAAAAGAACCAGAACUUUGAUGGUUAUAUGAAUGAAUUACACGAGGUUGGGCAAGCAGCAUACAAGAGGUCAAACAUUCCAUCUGAGAGCAGCGUCGCUGCUGCUAAGGAGCUUCACAGAAUCAAAAAGGAUCUCGUUGAACUGGUCAGCAAGGGUGAAGCAAACCAGUUGAAAUUCGGUGCCAAAGUCAGAAGCAUCCAAACAAAUAUUAGUGGGUUGAAAAGAUCCAUGAAGAGAUGCAGUUAGAAUACUGCCUUCAGUACAGCAAAAUUAAUAAGUCUUCGCCGAAAAUGAAGUUAAUUCAAAGAAUUUCAUAUGUAUGAAAAAUUUUGUUACUGAAAUGAAAAAGAAGACCCCAAACUAAGAUAUAUAUUUAUU